AUGGGAACUGAAGGGAGUACAGGCCUUAUUACUGGGAAGUAUUCGAGUGAGGAACUCCAUGGGCAUGAGGUAUUUUCACUAACUGGCUCAAUGUUUUACGUUUUCUACGUGAACGAGGGUUCUCUGCAGGCUUUAGAAGUAUCUGUUGCACUUGGUUCGGUUCACAAACUGCAGUGUGUUAUCGAAGAAGUAACUCGGGUGCCUGUUGCGGAACAGGCUUUGCUUGUUUCCGGAGGAGAAGGAUUGCAAUCGGAAAAACAGGUAUCACAUUAUCAAGGAGCUGGUACGGAGUCAAAUCCACUGUUUUUGUUCCGUAAAUUAUACAAAGAAGACAGUCAGUGCACGGAGCUGAUAAAUAGUGAUGAAUUAUGUACAUUGUGCGCGGGUUUGUACGAUGAGCUGCGUGUUCUUGAUAGCUCAUCAAUAUCAAGGCCGUUGAUUACACGCUACUGUGAUGCUGGGCGAUUGGGGUUAAAAGUUGCUGAAAGAAGUUUGCAGCUUUGUGCUCGUUUAGUUCAAGAUCAUCAACUUCUGCAUCAAGGAUGGUUAGCACUAAUAUCCAAUCUUUAUGAUUCACGGACUCAAAUUGAGAAAAAAUCCGAACGUUUUUUAUCUCGCUAUGAACGUUUGAAAACAAUGAAAAUUAAGGCGGAAACUCUGCUACAAGAUUUCGACAACGUACUUCGUACUUUGCAGCAAAUCAAAAUUCCCUCAGCUUUGUUGUCAUAUUCAUACAAAUUGCAAGGAUCAUCGAAAGCUGCUGAAGAAUGCACACUGUACGAGUAUAUUGCUCGUGCAGAUCCACAAAAUUCGUUGGAGGAAAUGUCGGAACAGGUUAAUAUGCUCUUAUCUAAGACGAGCGAUACUGAAUAUAAGCAGGUGGUAUCUAAUAUGAGAUAUGUUAGUGAGAAAGUCAGUAAUCCUGAAAUGCGUAAUAUUCGCGGUAUAAAUACUCGCCUUACACAGUUGGAUGCAAUGUUCCAUAGUAAAGAGCAAGAAACGAAACUGCUGAAGGAUUUAUGUUUUGCCGUGUCGCAACCAGUUAUUGAUUCGCAAUCUACCAGAGAUAUUGUAUUGAAUCAGCGGGAAAAAAUGUUGGAAGUCAAGAAGCUAAUUGAACAGAUGCAGAAAAUGGGAAAGGCUUUUCAGCAAUCCAAAGUCGAGUUACUAAACAAUAUCAGAACAAGGCUUCGGGGAUGGAUAUUGCAGGUUUAUGAUCGAUUGCAUACUACAAACAAUCAGAUAAUUUUAUUUGAAGAAAAAUAUAUUGCUUUACGGAACCGACUUGACAUCAUUCGGCAAGUGAAAGAGAGCCCAAUAAUGUUUGCCACAGCACUCACUGAAUGCCUUCGCCGAAGUGUACUGCAACCAGAAUUUGAAUCGUGGUUUACCUCAUUUAUGGAAAAAAGUGUUGCUUUGGUGACGGAGGAAACAUCUGUACGCGAAGUAUUUAAGCAAAAAUUAGGACGACACUUUUUAAAACAGUUAUUUCCGGGCAUGUUCGAUAAUUUUCCAAAUUUCGCUCCCAACGGCUUGGCACAUUUUGACAAAAACUUGCCUCCUGUAACUCCAGCAGAUUUGAGAACUUUGAGACAGGCCGUUCCGUGUUUAGCAAAUUUGCUAAGAGUGACAGAUCCCUUUAUUUACCAGCGACUUUCUGUCCGAGAUCCACGACUUGCAUCAGGUUCACAAAUGACUCCUCCAGUUUUAAAAAGAGAAGAAUCAUUCUACACCUCGGAUGCUACGAUUAACGUUGCAAAUUUGAACAAAAACUUCCCAUCUACACAUUGGUUGAGCGGGGACGAAAAUUUGGAUGCUUUACCUUCAAACGCAACAAUGCUAGCUAAAUCACCACCUUCUCGGUUUGGCUCUACGUUGAGUUUGGAUAUGGUGGAAGAAUCUCCUUCGAAGCCACUCAACUCACUUGCAUCUCUUUUUGAUGCCCCGCACAAUGAGACUGUUGAAGCCGAAAUAGAAAUUGAAAGUAAGACAUACAUGGGACUGAGUGUUACAAAAAGCGAACCGAUCGCGAUACCUCAGAAUAGUACAUCUGCACACCAGGUCAUUGCGCCGUUAAUCGAAGAAGAAAAUUCGGUGAAGCUAAAGUCAGACAAAUCCAGUCAGUUUGGUACACCUGAGGAUCAUAUCAGUUACCAGCAGAGGAUUGGUGAGGUUUUUGGAAGAUCCCAAUCUGGGAGUCUGCUUUGCAUACGGGAUGGAUUGAAGAAACUUUCGCUGCAGCUAAUGUACUUGAAGCAAGAUUUGGUUCUUGCUGAAAAUCAAACCAAAGAAUACUCAGAUGAGGCAUUAGAACGAAUAAACAACUCGUUUGUUACGUUUGUUGGAUAUAGAAACAGAAUUUCUGUCUCUGGUCAUCCCAGUAAGCCUAUUUGCAAGGACGCCGUCACUGAAACUGAAACAGAGAAUAAACCGGAAGAGUCAUUUUCAAUGGGUGAUGGUGAGGAAUUACCAGGAAAAGAUGUUCUUGUUUCCGAGCUUCGGCAAAUCAUUGAACUUCAGAAGAAGGAAAUUUCACAGCUUCGUGAACAACAGUUAAGUGCAGAAAAUACUGUCGCUAAAAUGGAAAUCGAAAGAAGCGAAAUAUAUAAAACUGUAGUUGUUGACUACGAGUUGGCAUUGGAGCGUAAGGUUUCGUCUCAUAAUGAAGAAAUAAAGAGAAAGAAUAAGGAAAUUGAUUUACUGAAGGCAGCCUUACAUAAACUUCGUGAAGGUGUUUUUUACCAGAGUGCUGAAAAUACCGCUGGCACAACUGCGGAUAAUAAGACCUGGGCUACUCGCGGAAAGGAAUACAAGGAGAAAUGUACAACUGCUCACGAAAUCUCUUUGCUUGACAGAGUACCAAUCGACACGAAAAGGAGAUAUUCGGUUGUAUCUGAGUUAAUUGAUUCUCAGGAGGGCACUGCUAUUACUUCGAUACCUAAUGACUUGUCCAGAGGAUGUCUGUUGAAGUCUUUUACUGUUAGUCAUGCAGCAACAAGUAUGGUGGGAUUUCCGGAAGUGAGGACUGAAGAAGGAGAUUCGGAAAAAGAAGAAAACACAGAUGAGGAGCUGAGAGCUCAGGCAGAUUCGGAUGAAGAUAUCGCACCAGUUACGGUGAGACCAGCUACCGCUCAAACAAUUAUAUCACUGCGAGAAAUGCGAACAAUGAUUACAGUGCAGGACAUUCAUGAAUACUGUGCUGUCUUAAUUGUUUGGAGUGAGCCACAUAACGCCUACAUAUUGUUUAGUGUUUCUCCAAUAUUUCACUUUGUCAAAGAAAGCAGUUUGAAACGCGUAGGAGUAAAGUGGGACCGGCAAUCAGUGGCCGUCGCUGCGGUUGGUCAACGUCCUAACUGGCUAAUGGCAGUAACUACUCGCCUAGAAUUAUGCAAAAUACGUAAAACGGAUAAUCGGUACAAUUUGAAAGUCGGAACGAAAUUUUAUCGGGUGGAGGUAGAACCACUGCAGAUAGACUCAUCGAGUGCUCGACGUCAUAUUGAUGAGUAGUGGGAACUUUGUUUUGUUAUCGUACAAAUAGGAAACCUGCGGGUAAAGUUUACUGUUUCUUUGGAAAUUCAUUUUCUAUUGUUAAGUAUUUUUCCUUUGGUUUACAAUUUGGCUGUCUGUUGACGAUUAUGCCAUUCUCUUUGGGUGUUGCGAUUGUUUUCUUUUUUCAAUGACUGCGCGAUGUAAAUUAUUUGAUAGCCAGUAAUUAUAAUACCGUUGUUAAAAAUAUUCCCAUAUGUUGCUUUUAAUGAAUUGACUUCACUGCGUCAAAAAAUUUCGUUUCUGAAACUAUAUCAGCGUUUAUGACAAUAUAUGAAAUAAUUGUUCCAUUUUAUGACCCAUUUUAUGUAAUCGAUCAGCAGAUCAACUCAUAAUGAGUGUUUAGAAAAUGGCCACAUAUUUGAUGGGUGUUUUAGAAUGAGCAAACAGGUAAAAAUAUACAAAGCUUGAUUUAUCAUGUUUAUGUUCUUCAAAUGCUCAAUUUACAGCGUAUUUGAAUGUUUUAUCUCACGUUCUUCCUCAAAUUAUAAUUCUUACGUGUAUGAUUUUCAAGAUUUUAAAAUAUAAUAUCUGUG